UUCUUUCAUGUCUAAGUACCCAAACCCCUCAAUUCCAGAAAACUUGAACCUUGCAAUACGUUUCUUGUCGCAGCAAUUCCGCCACCACCGCAAAAAUUUCAGAGGCAAGAAUUCGCCACCAUCGGAGCUGUUCAAACUGCGGCAAAUUCACUCUCUCCUCGUCGUCUCUGGAUUUUCCGGCCACUCUCCAUUCCUCACAAGACUACUCCUUCACUGUGUGUCGCUUCCUUCCUUCCCUUCCGCCUACGCUUCCACCAUUUUCAGCCGAAUCCACCGCCCCAAUGUCUUCACCUACAACGCCCUCAUCGGGGGUUUCGGUUUCGACCCGGAAAAAGCCGUUUUCUUCUACGUUAAGAUGCGCCAAGAUGGCGUCUUUCCCAACAUGCACACAUUUCCUUUACUGCUCAAGUCCAAAACCCAGAUACCCUUUCAGAUUUUUGCGCAGUCGAUCAAGUUCGGGUUCGGUUCCGAUCGAUUCGUGCUAAACUCUUUGUUAUCGGUUUGGGCCAAUUGUGGGCUGAUUGAGUAUGCUCGCCAAGUGUUCGAUGAAAUGACGCACAGAGACGUCGUUGCCUACACUGCGUUAAUGGAUGGGUAUGUGAGAAAUGCUCGUGCUUUGCAAGCUCUGGACCUCUUUCUGGAGAUGAAAGUAAAUGGGGUGGGGGCGGAUGGGGGUGCUGUUGUCACCGCUCUUUGUGCUGCCGGAACUUUGGGCUGCGUUUGGGUUGGAAAAUGGAUACACGGGUUCUUUAUCGAAACGGGUAGGGUCGUCCGAGAUGUUUAUGUAGGCAGUGCUCUCAUUGACAUGUAUUCCAAAUGCAAUUGUAAUGAAGAUGCACUCAGAGUUUUUCGAAAUAUGCCUUACAGAAAUGUCGUUUCUUGGAGUGCUUUAAUAUCCGGUUACGUGCAGGGCGAUAGAUUUAAGGAAGCACUGCUUCUUUUCCAAGAAAUGCUAGUCGAAAAAAUCAAGCCAAGUGAAGCUACACUAGUAAGUGUCCUCACAUCAUGCGCUCACCUCGGCUCGUUGGAUCAAGGCGUGUGGGUCGAUAAGUACAUACACACACAUAAAAUAGAACUAAAUUCACCACUCGGGACAGCUUUAAUCGACAUGUACACCAAAUGCGGUUGCAUUAACGAAGCAUUUCGUGUAUUCGAAAGUAUGAAUUUCGUGGAUGUCUACCCAUGGACAGCCUUAAUCUUCGGACUAGCAAUAAACGGACAUGCUAUAACCUGUCUAAAUCUUUUCUCUCAGAUGUUAAGCAGUGGAGUCAAACCGAAUGGAGUCACUUUUAUAGCCGUUUUAAGCGCUUGUUCACACGGGGGUCUUGUAAACGAGGGGAAGGAAAUAUUCAAACUAAUGGGAAGUGUUUACGGUGUGAUACCGACCGUUGAUCACUACGGUUGUAUGGUGGAUAUUCUUGGUAGGGCGGGGAGGUUGAGAGAGGCGGCGGAGUUGAUCGGGGAGAUGCCGAUGGAGGCUAGUGGCGGUGUGUGGGGUGCUUUGUUCGGUGGUUGUGUGAAAUAUGGGGAUUUUGAGAUGGGGGAGAUUGUGGGGAAGAGGUUGAUUGAGAUGGAGCCGAGGAGGAGUGGGGGGUAUGUGGUUUUGGCGAAUUUGUACUCGAGAUUUGGGGAUUGGGAAAAGGCGGCUAAUGUGAGGAAGAAGAUGAGUGGAGUUGGAGUGGAGAAGGUGAAGGGGUGUAGCUGGAUCGAGUCGAACGGUGUGAUACGUGAGUUUGUUGCGUUUGAGAAAUCGGAUGCGGCUUCGGAAAGUGUGUACGAGGUCUUGGAUAGUCUUACUGCUCAGAUGCAGCAGAAGCUUCCUUUUGUUGUGGAAGAAGACUGUUUCUUGGAAAUUUAGAGCUAUUGAUAUCUGAGACAAAGUGGCCCCUCAACUUAACGGUCAACCCUCAAAUCUCUAACACCGUUAGUUUAUGUAGCGUAGUUAUCUUUUUACCCUUACAGUUAUAUGAUAUAUAUAUAUUUA